GCCAUGUUACAGAACAGUCGCAUGAGACUAUGAAGAAUCCAGCACUUUCAAUGCUUUUGUUUUGGAAUUCCCAGUUUGUUUUGCAGGGCACCUCAUGAAAAGAAAAUGGCGGAAUCGUGGGGGCACAGGCUUGUUGUUUUAAGCCUGUUAUUGACUGUGCCACUUCAGUCUCAGAAAAUUCUAUCAGAGAAGAAGAAAUGCGCGGAUCCUCAGUGUGAAAGUUUAAUGUUAAGAGCUCAGGCUAUUCAAGAUUACAAUGGACCUGACUGCAGAUAUCUGAGUUUUAAAGAAGGAGAAGAAGUCAUUGUGUUUUACAAAUUGUCUGGUAAACGAGAGGAUCUAUGGCAAGGAAGUACUGGAAAAGAAUAUGGCUUUUUUCCAAUGCAUACUGUUACAAUUGAAGAAGUCUAUGUGACUGAAGAAGUAGAGGUUGAUGCACAGGAAAUUGACUUUGUUUGUCUGAAUGGGGGCGAAUAUGCUUUUGAAAAUGAGGACAGUGUGCUACAUAAGCAUGAGGAAAGUGAAUAUGUUAGUGACUUGGAAAGUAAAUUAAUGGAAGAUAACACGCUUAUUGGAACGGCAGAGAUUGAAUCGAACAUACAAUCAUCUGAGAUCCUGGAAGAAACAGAUACAGACAAAUCUAAAUGGUCUGCAUCAAGUAUUGCAGGAUGGUUUGGCAUAGGAAAGUCAGAGGACAAACAAAGUGCUGAAAUGAAUACAGAACUUUUAAAAGAAGAUACUUUUCACUCAAGGAAAAUUGCAAUAAGUGAAGAAAUGCCAAUGAAAGGAACUGAUGAAGUAGAACUGAAAAAGCCUGGAUGGUUUAGCAAUCAGUUUACAAAUUUUCUGCCAUUUGGAAAAAAGGAGGCUGAUGUAACACUGCAAAUAGACAAGACUGAUGUUGUGACUUCUACGCAUACAAGUCAAUCUGAUGAGGUAAAAGUGAAUGCAGAUGAAAUACCAUCUGAAGCCAGCAUUUCUACAGAGCCUAAGUCAAAAUGGUUUAACUUUGCUAUAAAUGACGUUUUGGGAGUUGGGAGUAAAGAAGAAGUUAAGAUGAAAGAUGUUCCUGAAAAUUUAGAAGAAGUUUUAGAAACUGAACCAUCUGAAAUCUCCAGCCAUAAUGAAGAAUUAACUUCAACUGACAAUGAAGACAGAGAGAAAACAUUUGAUGAAACUAAAAGCCAACAGAAAGGUGGGUCUUGUGAUUCACAGAUAUUAAAUGACUUUUCAUGUGUAAUAUCAGAGGAAAAAGGUUCUGUGAUAACUCAUACUGAUAAACCCAUUGAGAGUGUUAAGUCAGAAAACCAAAAUACUUUUCAAUCUAAUAAAGAGUUGAAUAAUGAAGAUCACAUUAUUAAUGACAACUGGGUAAACAAUAAAGAUGAUUGGGCUGUAGAAAGCCAUUUAGGAGUUAAAGACACAAUAUACGAAGGUCAGCCAUAUAAUUCAAAGGAGAGUAAUGAAAUGGUUCAACCUGACACAAGUAAAACUGAAAAUGAUGAUGUGGACAGUGGUCUCAAUAAUAGAAAUGAGCUAAGUCUAGAGCUCUCUCUUAAAAUACUUACAAGUACAGAGACAAAUGUUACAAAUAAUACACUUGUUCAGACAACUACAGAAACAACAUCUGGAGACAGUGAGCCAACAAAGACAUAUACAAAUGAGUUAGAAAAUCAAUUUACAGCUGAAACCAACAGAACUGUUUCCCCAAAAGAAGAAAACAAUACAUCGCAAAGGAGUUUUAUACCUCAGGAUCAAUUAAAAGUUUAUUCUAAAGGUGACAUCUUGGAAUCUGAAGAAAAAAGGGAUUUGGACAUUUUAAAAAAUAAUAUUUAUUCUUCCAAUCAGAUGGAUUUGAAACAAGAAAAAGAAAAGGGUUUAAAAGAAGUAAGGCCUGAAAAGAACACUGAGGUGGAUAUACCCCUAGAAGUCAAAAUUGAGCAAAUUUUUGCUGAAAAUAGUAUUGAUUCAGCAGAAAAACAGGAAGAGAAGGUGAAUAUAAAUGACGUUCCCAACGAUAGGCAAAAGGAAAAAAGCAAUAUUCUAUCUACAGAGAAGCCUAUAGUGAGUGAAAUGUUUAGGACAGAAAUAUUUACAGAUAUUGGGAACCCGAAUACUGACUGCGAUAUCAGUAGUAAUGCUAACAUUCAAAAAGUUGUUGCAAAAGACUUUCUAUCAAACAAUGAACUGAGUGAAAAUAUCCAAGACAUAGAAACAGCAGCUGAAAGAAUACCCAUGUUUCAGCCUGGAUAUGAUACUCUUAAGGAAGAUCUGGACCAACCUCAGAAAGACACAUUUCACCAGAAAUUAAAUUCAGUGAUUGAAAAAGUAUCUGUUUCAAUUACAUCAUCAUUCAAAGAACUGAUGGCUUUUGGUGAGAUGGCAGCAUCAAAAAUAAUUGAAAUAUACACCGACUUAAUUUGUCCUGCUGUUUCCUUGAUUAUGAAGAUUACUAACCAGGUCAUGUCAUCUUUAUCAGAUCUUCUUCCUGAUUCGGACUUGUAUGGGUGUUCCUGGGAAGUGGUCAUUUUUACUGCUCUUUUGGGGUUUUCAACAGUGUUAUUGUUUACAUGCAGAACUGUUCGGUCUAUUAAAAGCAGAUGUUAUGCAGGCAGAGAAAAGAAACUUGGUGCUAAAUUUUCUGAAGCAGUGAAUGGCAAGAGUGAGGUUCUCCAGAAACUCAGUGUUGUACAAAAACAAUAUGAAGAUGUUCAGCAAUCUCUGUUGGAUUCAAGUCAUCGGCGAUUAGUCACUGAAAUAGCUGAGCAGAAGACAUUACAGGAAAAACUGCAGAAAUCAAACUGUGAUUUUGAAGAGAAAAUUCUUAAACUGGAAAAAGAGGUGGAAGAAGAGAAGGCAUUAGGAAUGGAGUUAGAAACCGAGAUUGCUAAUGUCAAUGAAAAAAUCAAAACACUGGAAGAUGAUUUAAAGAAAGGAAAAUCACAAAAAGAAGAAAUCCGCACAACAAUGAAAGUAUUUGAGAUUAAUCAAGGCAGACUGGAGACAUCCUUUCAAGAUGCUAUAGAAGAAACAUCUCAUCUACAAGAAAGCAUUAAGCAGCUUUCCAAAGAAGCAGAGGGAUGGGAAGAAAGGUUUAGUGAACUUGCAGAGAAUUCUAAAAUGCUGACUUCAUCAGUGGAUGCCAUGCAUGAAGAUAUGAACAAUAAACAGAUCCAGAUUAAGUCACUUAUUGACAAUUUGUUGAAAAUAAAAGACUGGGGGCCAGAGACGGACGAAGGGGAUGAAGCAGAAGACAUUUCUAUCCCGAAUCUAAAAUGGGACUUUGAAAACGGAGAACCUCUAGCUGACCCUCAGAAGCGGACGAUAAAAAAGUUAAUUUAUGCUGCCAUGCUAAAUGCAUCUUUGAGAAGUAUAGAAUCUGAAAAGAAGCAAUUGUACGACAACCUCUCUGAUGAAAUGAAAGUUAAAGAACAGCUUUUAGAAUGCAUUAAUAAUCUUCAAAAUACUAAGCAGUCAAUGCUCUCUGAAAAAGUACAGCUUGAAGGAGAAGUGGAAAAUAUGAAGCAGAAAAUGAGUGUGAUGUCAGAAAUGUAUCAAGAGAAUGAAAAGAAACUUCACAGAAAGCUGACCGUUCAGGAGAAGGAGCGUAUACAAAAAGAGGAGAAGCUUUCAAAAGUAGAUGAAAAAAUACAUUUAGCAACUGGGGAACUCUUUACUGUCAAAACACGGGUGAAGGAACUGGAAGAUGAAAUUGAGAAAACAGUCUAUUCCUACCAAAGUCAGGUUACUUCCUAUGAAAAGAAAUCUCACGACAACUGGCUUACAGCAAGGGCUGCAGAGAGGCACUUGAGUGAGAUCAAAAAAGAGACUGCACAUCUUAGACAGAAAUUAAUUGAAGCAGAAUAUAAAGUGGAACUACUGGAAAAGGAUCCAUUUGCUUUGGAUGUGAUUCAUGCUAUAGGCAGAGUUUAUGCAGAUGUUUUUAUAAACCACCAAGACAGCUCCCCAUAUGGAAUAUCUCCUAUUGGCAGACUACCAGAUAGCAGAGCAUUCCUCUCUCCCCCAACUCUUCUGGAAGGCCCUUUGAGACUUUCUCCCAUGCUUCCAGGAGCAGACAGAGGUGCAAGACCUGGAUAUUACCCAGCACAUGGCGGUGUUAAAGAACGUGGAGAUAUAAAUGCUGAACGAAAGGCAGAUCACCAGCGCACGCAUUCUGAUGCUGGUUCCUUAUCACCUCCAUGGGAUAGAGACCAUAAAGCCAGCAUGCCACCACCAGGUUUACCAUAUCCUGAGCUACCCUUCCCAUCUAGAAGGCCAGAAAGAUUCUAUCAAUACCCUGCACCAUCAGGAAGAUUUUCAGGACCGGCAGAACUUACUAGAAAUCAUGGGAAAUCUUUCUCAGAUCAACCAGAUGGUCAGUCAGCUAACACAAGCAGAAAUGGAUCUGAAGAGAAUGACAAUUGUCAUGGUGGUUCCAGCCAACAACUUAUGGCUGGAGAAGCAGCUGAGGUACCACCAAUGGCAUAUGCAGCCCAUCCCCUUCCUCCAAUGCGGAUUCCUUUAUUACCAAUGGACCCUAGAGGACAUUACUUCAGAAGACCUUUUCCAAUGCAACCACCUCCAGUUGACAUGUACCCACCACCAGAAUAUGCAGGAAUACCGCCAAUUCAUGCUACAAUGAGAAGUCCUCUUCCACCACAGCACUAUCCUCCUUUUCCAAUGCACGGGGAUCCAUUUUUCCCACCACCACAUUUAAGACCACCAAUUCGAAGUGAACAUUUUCCUGAUCCUCCUCCAGCAGCUGAAACACAAGACAAGGCACCGGAACCAACAUCUUAAUGUCAUCUCUUGCUCCAACAAUUUAGAAUGAAAUCUCAAGAACUAUAUUUAUUUUAAAUUUGACCUGCUUUACUUUCGGUUUAGACUGAUAUUUUAGUGUAGAGAUUUGUAUAAAAUGGUAAUUUAACAUUUGUGAAUAAUAGAUAUAUGUACAUUAGAUGCUAUGAUGCAUGGUAUUUUAAUUUUUUUUUUUUUAAUCUGAGGAAAUUGAGUGGUUGUUUUGAAAGAAAAAAAAUGAUUUACACAUUAAACAUUAAUGCUGUAUUCGUUCCAUAUGGAUUAUUUGAAUGUAAUACAAUGUGAAAUUGUGUUAUUGAAUAAUGUAUGUUGGUAAAUGCCGCAAUGUAAGGCGACCAAGAAGAAGAAAUGACAGUGAGUAUGGGAAAAUGACAUGGCAUUUAUUCACCAACCCCAACUCCAGAUAUACACAGGGCCAUGGAACAGACAUAUGCGUUUAAAUAAAACUGGUUUAUUCCACAUAA